AUGUUACAUUCUCUACAAGAUGAUUGUAAGAUUGUGGUUAAAACAUCUUGGGCACACAAAUUACAAAGGUUUCCUUUUUGUUUGUUUGCAGUUGCGAUAGCAGUAAAAAUUGACACCCUCAAAGUGCCCGCAGAGUACAUUUUGGAUAAUUUGGAAAAUCCAGAGGUACUGAUUUUGGAUUGUGAAUACGAUUUACCGGCUGACGAGAACGGAUUCGUUUUGAAAUGGUUUUUCAACGAACAAUUAAUAUACCAGUGGAUUUCCUUAGCGCAACCUCGAUUUUAUGUCCAUAGCCUGAUCCGAAAUCACAUCGACAUGAACUAUACUGCUUCGGAACACAUGCAUCACAAGCACCGUGCACUAGCCAUUACAAAGCCAAUUUUCAAUAUGACUGGAACGUACACAUGUUCGGUGGGCACAUUCGAAUCGGAGGAUAAGCGGUCGAGACAUCUUCAAAUUAUUAUACCCGAAUCGGACUUUCAGUUGAAAGUCGAAGAAGCGAAUGACGAAAGCGGUGACAUCAAUUUCGAAUGCUUUGCUCAAGAUGUUUAUCCAGAACCAAAGUUAAUAAUAAGCGUCGGCCAUGUAAAUCAAACAUCCAGUGGAUUUGUGUCGCAAACGAAACGUGACGAAAAAAAUGGUUUAUGGGAUAUAACAAUUUAUGGUCGACUCAAGCAAACUGAAACAACAAUUAAUCCAUCCGACAUCCACUGCCUACUGUAUAUACCAACCACAUCGUACACGAAACUAAAGGAUGUUUCCCAAUUCACAAACCAAAGCUCCAACCUGUCAGCACCAACAGCAAUUAUACUGACAACUAUAACAUUAAUGCUGAGCUCAAUGCUGAUGAACAACGUAGUAUAACAAUUAAUCGUCUGUACUUAAUGAUCAAAUAAAACCCGAAAUGUAAAAAUAAAAAUGAAAUACAAUUAAAUGAAAUUGUUUGGAUAAACUCAAACAAUAUUAAAUAGGAAGAUAAAUAGCUAACCCCCGUGUUGGAAAUGUGAAAAUUGAAAUAGGAAUUUUGUUUUUUUUAAGAAGGAAAAAUGUUUAAAAAAAAGUAGCGCGCGCUUUAAUGAAAAAAAAAAAUCUUUAAAAAUGCCUUAUUAAUGAGCGUGUGGAUUGUAAAUAAUUGAUGAAUUAAUUGUUAUGAAAAAUAAAUAAAUGAAACAAUGGAUGAAACUAAUUAAACAAAAAUUUGAUAUCAACAUACACUCGAGUAUAGAAAAGUUCACAGAAAAAAAUCUGGAUUGAAACAGAAUCUUUUUCCAACGUUCAAAAUGAACGGGUACAAUCUGGCACAAUGUAAACAAAUCAAAAGAAGAGGUCAGGCAUGGUCAAGUGUUAGCAUGAACCGGAGGACAUGUGGAAAUUACCUUUUUUACUAUUUUGCUGAUUGAAAUAAAUCAAUCGACCAAAUUGCGUAGCUUUUGCAAGUUUGACAUUUCAAAACAAUCCACGCUAUUAGUGGUGGCAACAGCUAGAUAUUGAGCUUUUUUCUCUCCUUUGUUCAUAUAUGUCAGUUUUUUGAUUUGAUGAUUUUGUAUGAGAAUGAAAACUAAAAGUGUGAUAUUUCCGUUAUGAAAUCUGUUUACUUCUAUUUUUUUGGUACAAAAUGUUUAAAAAAGUGAUAAUAAUCGAAAACCAUUAGCAGACUGAUAAAAUGAAAAAAAUAAUUUUACACAAACUGCUAUUGUCACUCGAUUCUAAUCACUUUUUGAAACAUUUUGGACCAAAAAAAUAGAAGUAAGCGGCUUUUCUAACAGAAAUAUCACACUUUUAGUUUUCAGUCUCAUACAAAAUCGUUAAAUCAAAAAACUGACGUAUAUGAACCUCUCCUCUCCUCAAGCUCAAUCUGGCGUAAGCUGUUGCCGCACUAAUGGCGUGGAUUAGAAAAGACCUGAAAACAAAAAAAAAUUAUGUUAAACUCGCAUUGUUAUGUAUGUCUACAGUAAUUUUCGAUCCUAUGAAUGCAAAAUUGCUCGCGUUCUUUCGGCCUUACACAAUAAUAGUACAUUUCGUACCUAGGACUAAAAGUCUUUCUUAGCGUAUGAGAAGUUUCCAAACAGAGCCGAAGGCGAGGUCUGGAAUCGAAUACGCUAAAAAAGACUUUUAGUCCGUGGUACGAAUAGUAUUUUUCAUAAUAGAAAUGAGUUCGUUUGAAGCGGAAGUGAGAAAGUAAGUGAGAUUCGAAUGUGCUCCGGCUUGUAUGAUUUGGCAAUAUUUGGCCUAUUAAUUUUAUUGGAAUUGAAUACAUUUUCGACCAGUUAGGUUUAGGUCUGGUGACCUCCAACUUUGGACGCAUUCAUAAAUAAUUUUUCAAUUUUAUCAGAGAUUGUCUUCAUAGAAUGUACUCCAGUUAAUCAGAGCUAUCUAAAUAUAUGCUACGAGCACUGAAACAUUUGGAUGUCAUUGAGAAAUGACCCUAUAAGGUCGUACGAUUUAAAAAAAAUCUAUUUUCAUAAAUCAUUCAGAAAGAUUCAACCGAAAUCUACAAAAAGAUUAGAAUAAACGAAAAAAAUCUUCUGAAAACCUAACCUUUUAACCCAAGAUUUUUGUCUGUGUUAGAAAAACAAAGAAAAUAUAAUUAAAUGUGUACGUUUGAGCUGUGAAUAAAUAUUAUUAAAAUUAAUAAAAUGCAUAAUGAGAAUUAUACCAACCAAAAAAUAUUUCCUGUAAAGGAAUGAGGUAGAGAGUAAAUGUCUAAUCUGUCUUUCCCUCAUCGUUAUACUUAGUGCAAUUUACCGAAU